ACGUGAGAUGUGUGUUGCUUGGUCUUUUGCUCUCUGUCCGCCGCCCUGAACGCGUGUCGGUGUACGGUUGCCAACAAAAUCGAAUUUUUACGGUUCCUGUGUUAGCACAUUUAAUCCAAAAACAAUGAGGAUCUACAAAGACAUUUUCUCCGGCGACGAGAUGUUCUCGGACACCUACAAAUUCAAACUAGUCGACGGAGUUCUGUACGAAGUAUACGGCAAGCUGAUCACGAGGAAACUUGGUGACGUUUCACUGGACGGUGCUAACCCUUCUGCCGAAGAAGCCUGCGAAGGCACAGAAGAAGCUGUUGAAAGCGGGGUCGAUGUCGUGCUCAAUCAUCGACUUUGCGAAACGUACGCUUUCGGCGAUAAGAAAUCAUUUACUUUAUACCUCAAAGAAUACAUGAAACGGUUGGUCGACAAAAUGACCGAAAAUGGCAGCACAGAGAUAGACCUGUUCAAAACCAACAUAAACAAAGUAAUGAAAGAUUUGAUGUCGCGGUUUAAAGAUCUUCAAUUCUUCACUGGUGAAAACAUGGAUAUUGAGAAUGGUAUGGUCGCUAUGCUUGAAUACAGAGAUAUUGGAGAUGACAAUGUACCUGUAUUAAUGCUCUUCAAACAUGGGCUGGAAGAAGAGAAAUUCUAAUCACAUUACUCAAUUGAAUUAAAAAAGAUGUUACGUUGUCUAUUAUAUUUAUUGGUAUAAAUGAUCAGCUUUUAACAACUACUUCGAAGGAUAUAAAAAUCAUUUUUUUAAACAAAA